UUUUAUAUUGGCGUACAUGUUACAUGAUUAAGGAAAUAUUCCUUGCUGAGAGACUAUGAGUGUGUUAAAAAUUAAAUUUUUAAAAAAUGCACCAAUAAUAUUAGCAGAACUAAUUAAUUUGAUUAUUAAAAGAUCGCAUUUUGCCUUUUCAAAUGAGGCUAAUUAAGACUGACGCGCGGCUAGCGAUAUUUAUUUCCCUUCAAACUUAAAAUUUCAAUAAUGAUGACGGGUAUCACAAUAGGUAUUUGCAAUCCUGGACUUUUUCAUGGGGAACGGGUGAAUCCAAUAUUUUACCCACCCCCAAUAUUCCGAUACUUGUUCAUCCCACACGCUGUUAAAGGGAGUUUAUUAAUAUAACUCCGUAACUGUAUAAAAGGCCACAGAAAGCCCAUACUUUACUAUCGAUACGUGUUAACUUCGCAGUUCAUAUAUACAUAAUAUAUCAAUAUGCUGUUAUAGUUUUCUAUUGUUAGGAAAUGAGAUAUAAAUGCACCAGUAUCUCUUUUCAAAAGUUUUACAGGAAUAACAAUGAUGCUAGCACGAUAUACCAGUAUGUAUUUUAAGUUUCUGUGUGAUGGAAUUAAAAAAAAAAACCACCGUUUCUAAAUCUCUAAAGUGUACCCCCACUCCCCAAUACUUCGUGUACCAUUCAUAGAAUAUUGUACAACUAAAUCUUCAUUUACAUACAUCGAUUGGCAUACCAUGCUUAAGAAACAAAGCAUUAAAAAUACAGGUCACUAAACCGCGUGCCUAAAUGCAUAACGAUAAAUAUUACCUUACAAAAAAGCAUUCUGACAAACAUUUCUGAAUAAAUUAUAUUAUAUGGUGUCAAAAUACAAAAUGUUUAAAUAGAGUAUAACAACGACAAAAUACAUGCUGUCUAAAUGCAGUGUGAUUGGUUGGUUGUAUAUUGUUUAAUGUCUCUUGCGAGAAUCUUUCACUCCAAUGGAGACCCUUGUCGGUGAGGGACUGCAAAAUUUAGGCCUAUGGUCGGCGCUUCUGGCCUUUGAGCAGGGAGGGGUCUUAUUGUGCCACACCUGUUGUGACACGGGACCUCGGGUUUUGCGGUCCCAUCCGAAGGACCGCCCCAUUAAGCCGUCCUCUUACGACAAACAAGGGGUACUGAAGACCUAUUCUAACCCGGAUCAUCACGGGACCAUUUACAUGUAGUCAUUUGAAAACGAUCGAUUUUUUUCUGGUUAUUUUGUAAUGCAGAUACGUUGGAUGACUAUGCCCCCGCACUAUUUUUUAUUUCUAUUGGUAGUAGUGAAGGAGACGAAUGUAAGCUUGAGCGUUAUGAAUGGAAAAAAAACCUGGUUGGUUGAUUGGUUGUUUGUUUUACGCCCUUUCGAGAAUUUUGCACUCGUACUUCUCUCCUUUCACACUUCGAAAAGCGAUGAUAUGUGCUUGUAUACAAAACAUUCAAAUACAAUCUGAUAGACAUUCGUGUUGAAAUACAAUCUGAUAGACAUUCGUGUUGAAAUACAAUCUGAUAGACAUUCGUGUUGAAAUAAAGCUAAUGACAGAAUUUAAUUAAUCUGAUACAGUUAAUGUCAAAAUGUCAGAUCAAUACAGAGAAGAGUUCAGUUUGGGUGAUUAACACCUCUCUCUCUUCAAAUGAUCCCUGGGUGUAAUGCAUUUCUUUAAAAAAAAUUGCUCAAGUUUCAGUGCAAUCAGUUUUGUUACAUUUCGAAAUAAUUCUAUCUAUUGUAGCCAAUUACAAGACUUUCUCCACCCGUUAGAGAUAGCGAACCAAAAGUAUUUUAGUCAGCUUUGAUCAUGUUUGUGAAUUAGGAAAUAUUACAGGAUGCACCUUUUUAUACACCAGGCCACCAAUUCAUGCUUUGAGGGUCGGAAAGCAUAAUUUGUACCAUUUUUAUAAGUACUUACACACACACACACACACACACACACACACACACACCGUUUCGUGUGGAUAUUUACAUACAACAGAUUAUUUAAAUGAAUACUCUUAAUUCUGAUGAGCACACAGACGGACAGUACAUGUCUGUAGUGGUCAGUUGGGGGGAGGGUGGAAAACAAGGGGAAAUACCCUGAAAAUAAAAUAUACAGUUGAAAUUAACUAUGUCAAGGUCAGUACUGCCUGCAGAUGAUCACAUGGACAGAGCUAAUGCGUGCCUAGAGUAGAAAAACUUUAAUUACUUCUCAUUUUAACUUGUGUGAUAACGAAAUAAUGUCGUAGUCAUGCGGAAAAUGGAAUUCAUGUCUGCGUUGUUUUAUUUUAGGGAUAGAUAAACGACGAAAGCACGGGGUGGUUUUUGCAUAAUCCGCUUUACAGAUUAUCUAAAUUACACAAAUAUCAUAAACCUUUAUUUCUGAAAAUUAUGUUUUAUUAAAGCCAUGAUGUUAAGAGUUCAUAUUGUAAUGCAUCUCUCUCUCUCUCUCUCUCUCUCUCUCUCUCUCUCAAGUCCCAGGGGGUCCGGUUUAGUCCUCAGUACUCCUUGCAUGUCGUAAGAGGCGACUAAAUGGGGAGGUCCUUCGGGUGAGACCGCAAAAACCGAGAUUUCGUAUCACAGCAGGUGUGGCACGAUAAUUUAGGAGCGCCGAGCAUAAGCCUAAAUUUUGCAACCAUAUGAAUGAAAAAUUCUCAAGCGGGACUUUAAACAAUAAUAAUCACACACACACGCGCACACACACACACACACACACACACACACACACGAACACUGAAUAUAAUAAUCUAUCUUGCUGAGUGGUUCGUGAAAUACGGAACAACAAGAGCGCGUUUCAUUGAGAUUUGAUCUUUGCACGCUAGGAUCGUGAUAUUAGUCAGUUUCCUCUCAGUUCGAUUCACAAAGUUUCCUGCAGGAAAGAGCCCGCAGAUCUCUAACUAUCACCACACAGCAAGCUAAGCAGGAAUAUCCGAAUGAAUAUUCUAAGUUUGAAAGUUUUGGUACGCUCAUUUUAAGUAUCACUAAUGAAAGUGUGAAGGUAACGAACAGUGAUCAAUCUCAUAAAUCCUAAAACAAAUACAAAAUAGAGAGUAGGGCAAACACAAACCCCUGGACAAACCAGGUGUGGGAUCAAGUGUCUAGGAGGAGUAAGCAUCAUUGUUAAGUAGUCACACCCACCGUGAGUUCUAUACCUUGAGCAGAUAAACGGAGUAAUGUGUAGUCAAAAUCGGCAUUUAAAAGAACGGCAAAAGAAUCGAUAAGAACUACGUCAAAUAAUAUUCGAACUAUUGGCAGUUUGUAUUUGCUUUUUGUUGGAUUCGAUUUAUUCAUAGAAUUAUCGAAAAUGUCUACGUGUCUGUAGGGGGAGGUGGAUUGUGUAUGUAGGGGGGUGGGGUGGAUUGUGUAUGUAGGGGAGGGAUGGAUUGUGUCUGUAGGGGGAGGGAUGGAUUAUGUCUGUAGGGGGGAGGGAUGAAUUGCUCUGGUUUCUACAUGCCCCCUCUCAGUUAAUUGACGUCCUUAAGCUACAGACUCCUAAUUAUUCAGCAAUACAUUUAGAUGUUUUAAAGAUCGUAUUUUUCAGGUUUAAUCAAACAAGAAAACUAUUUGGGGUUGAUUUGAUUUUUUCUCGAAAUAUCAUUUAAAUAUUGUAUAUUUUUCAGUGAUUUUUUUUUAUUUGUAAAUUAUAAGAAGAGUGUGUGUAGGUAGUGGUAAAGAUGUGUGGUAUAUUGUUGUUUUUAUUUCUACAUACAUGUAUAUAGUUUAUCUCCAGUACACAAAAAUAUACGGACAUACAUUAUGAAAAUAUCAUAUGAUUCUAUGAGGAGUUGAAAUCAUAUUUUGGAUCAAUGGAAUUUGUGGUUGUGACUUGGUUUAGCUGUAAAUAAACUGAAAUCUACUUUAUUCAAGUUUGCAGUGCAUGUAAAUUUGGAUAUAUUUUUAGACAUGGUGAUGUUCACAGUUCAGUUUAUUUUAUUCAUGCAGUAAAAAAAAAAACCACUCACGCGAACACACACACACACAUACACAAUGGGCUAAUGUGGAGAAGAUGGACGUACAGAGCUGUCUUAAAAACACGGAAUCAAUGGCAGGUUUAGGGAGGCGCCCCGCCUUAAAAUUUUCAAAUUUAAGGUACAUCAUGGUCUCUUGUUUAAAAAAGAUGCCAAAAGAAGCAAUGAUUAUUUUCUCCACUAAUGGCAAGUUCUUGUGAGAACUUGUAUAUAUUUUUUUAAACUUUUAAAAUUGUGUAAUUUUAUUAAUUUCAUCUCAUUAAAAAUGACAGAAGAUAAUAACAUAUUUCAAGUCCUUAUCAAAUCUAUAAAAUCCAAGCGCUUCCAGGAUCUUGACCCCUGGGCUCCAUCCAGAAAAAAAAAACUUUGGGCAAUAGGGGGCGCUUAAGGCAGCCCGCAGACCUCCUGCCUCUUGAAGUUGCGCCCCUAACUUUAAUUGCUGAAUCCGCCCCCAGGGAAUCGCUGUAAGACGCUGCUUCUCAUGAUUGGAUAGCUAGAGAAAUGCCCCAAAAUGUUUAAAAUGAUUUGAUAAUUAAUAAAAAGAAAAAUUUGGUUCAAUCACACAGCUUCGCGUGUGAUCAAAUGCAAUGGUCCUUUCGCAGUACGUACGUUAAAUUGCAUCUCCUACUAUAACCGGCGUUCUUGACGAAGCGUUAAACCCCGUUUACUGUUCCCGACAAGGUAAAUAUACACAUAUACAUAUUUAACUACCCACAUACAUUUAUUAGCAUUUCAUAAGAACGAAACUAUAAAAGAAGAUAUCGGGAUUUUAGUAGAAAAUAUAUCAUUUCAAGACAACUGACAACAAACUAUUUUGAAUUCACCAUAGUGACAUAAUUUACGGGUUUGUGUUUUAUUCUUCACCGCUACAGUGUUAUCCAGGCCUUUAUUUGACAGAUACCGCGUAAUCAUAUCUUUUUUUUUCCACCUGGAAGUAUUUUAAAGUUCGGGGUGAAUUCCACGAAUUUAAAUAAUCAUAAUAUACAGACAAAUCUUGUCAGUUUGAAAUCUCCCCUGAGCUGCUUUUAUGUUUUAAACAAAAGGCCGAUGAGAAUGAAUACACCUGAUAGUAAAAAAUAAUAUUAUAAAAAACCUCUUUUGAUCUCUUGCUUUAGAAAAAAAAAAGACCCGAGUCACGUGACCGAACAAUAAGGGGAAAUCCCAAGUGUCAUAUAAAUAUUACGCGCAAGAGCCGACUCCGAUCAGAUUGAAUCGCGUCUAUGUAUGUUGCAGUCGUAGUUUGCUGGUGUGCAUGACAGUGCAGCGUCUUCGAGGCAACAAUCUCCAAGAAGAAAAGACCAGAAGAUUUUAGAUAGAAGUUUACAGCAGAUGAAAGAUGACUAGCAUGAAUGAUCCAACUCCAGAUUUUUCCCAAAUUUUGAAAUAUCUCCACGACCCCAACACCGAAUUCUCCGAGGUAUCCGCAUGUCUGCCCUAUAAAGAAGACCCCCAGUCUCACGCGUUGAGGUUUGAACAAGAGGAUAGAUCAAUUCCUAGCGAGUAUACCACAUUAUCCAACACAACAUACGAUCCAGCCUAUCUCCCAGACCAUGGUUCCGAUGGUAGCGAGUUGGAAGACGACGCCUCCGUGAUGCUUGAUUAUACAUUCACGGAGUGUCCAAGCUGUGGUCACAUCUUCUGUCCAAACUGUGCGUGCUAUCAAACCUGUUGUUCUUGUUACAACUUCGCCAACAUCCACCUGACCCACGACCACGCAGGAAGUCCAGUCGCCGAGGAAGAUUCCAACGAUUCCAUUGAACGAAAGCUCCCUAGUAUAGACAUAUUCCGGGAUUUUAAUUCUCCCACGGGUUCAUUAAAUACCCCAAACGAGACUGGAAAACGAAAGCGAGGAGCGAAAAACAUUCUUCUGUGGAAAUUUCUCUUGGCUGAAUUGAGUACACCAAAUGCCGGUUAUAUAAAGUGGGUGAACAAACACGAGGGUACGUUCAGAUUUAUGGACACGGUGGAAGUAAGCAGACGAUGGGGGCAGAAGAAACAAAAAACAGACAUGAACUUUGAAAAACUCAGUCGUGGAAUUCGACACUACUACAAGAACAAGUUCAUGACGCGCAUCGAUGGCGUCCGGCUAGUGUACAAGUUCAACUGGUCUAAAAUCCCAAAAGAAUGGCAACCGUUUGAUGUUAUUGGUUUGUAAGGACAAAAAAAUAUAACAUUGGUGUCCGUUCCAAUCCGAGCCGGGAAAUGUGCAUGAAAUCCAAACAUAUACAAAUAUAUUUUUCCUGAAAUGCCUCAUGAUAGCGAAUUGAUGGAGGACAACGAAAUCUCAAGUCGGGUAAUGUUUGGAGCCAUGGUGUGUUCAGCCUUACUGCCGGGUCUUCCUAGCAAGCUCAAUUUUCCAUCGUGUGUUCGUGUCAUUUUUAAAAUCAAUAUGAAAUUUAUUUUUUUUCAAUUUGUAUAUAUCAUGAUUUAUUGUAUAUAGAGCAACACUUUGCAUUGUUGAAUAACCAUGUUGAUCAAUAAAAUUAUUUUGAUGUUGAA